GCAGCCUAGAUUUCAUCAUCCGCUGAGGAGGAGAAGGAGCAGGGCAGCUUAGGGCGCUUGAAAGUAACGGUUGAAAGGCUGGUUAAACCGCUAUUUCUUCUGACUCUGAUGUGUCGUGUGUUUGGCUGGGUAGAGGUUUGUUGGUAAACAGCGGGCUGGCCGGUGAGCUAGCAACAGUUUUUGUCUUUUAUUCUAGUUGAAAGAGCCGAAGAGGCCAAAAUGGAGUUUUAAUGCAUUAACGCGGUAACUGCACGGCAUCGGCAUGCACCAGGCAAAGAAAAGCGAUUUGGGUGACUUCACCAUCACAGCUGCCAAGCAGUUGGGCUCUGAUACCGUCCGCGGUAUAGCCGUGAGCCAACCGAUACCUCUCCUACUUGAUCGGAGGAAGCUAACGCUAGCCAGUUAGCCUGUAGGCCCAUUCAUUUAGCAAGAAGCAGCUGCUACAUCAAAGUGUACACUACUACCAUUUCUAUCCUCAUACCAUCCUGUAAAGAUGAAACCUCAAGACAUAAUCGCUGGAAAAUCCAGCCUGUGGAUCUUCGGUUACGGUUCUGUUUGGAAACCAGACUUCAAGUACAAGAGGAGCAAGAUCGGCUAUAUUAAGGGGUACAAGAGACGCUUCUGGCACGGGGAUAAUUUUCAUCGUGGAGAUGAUGAAAUGCCCGGAAGAGUGGUGACGCUCAUCGAGGAGGAUGACGCGUGCACCUGGGGUGUUGCCUUCGAAGUGACUGGCUCUCAGGUAGAGGAGUCUCUCAAGUACCUGAAUGUGAGGGAGGCCGUAAGAGGUGGCUACCUGACCCAGGUCGUAGAGUUCGUCCCGCAGGGCGCAAACCAGUCCCCUGUCCAGGCUUUGGUUUACAUCGCCACGCCUGACAACCCUAUUUACCUGGGGCCUGCCAGCACAGAAGAAAUUGCUUCUCAGAUCGCCGUGUGCAAGGGGAAGUCGGGCCACAACAUCGAGUACCUGCUUCGUCUGGCGGAGUUCAUGAGAGUCAGCUGCCCUGAUGUGGACGACCCUCAUCUGUUUUCCAUUGAAAAAGCUGUUCUUGCCACCAUUAGACCCAUAUUGUUAGCAGGCUAGACACCUGUAUCUUCUAUAAAACAUUAAAUAAGUCAACAUUUAGUCCAAACACCAUUAAGAGCCUAACAAAGUUCAUGUUGCCGUACUUGAGGUGUGUUUGUGAUUUUAGUGACUAUUGAAAUAUUUCAUUCUCCCUAUACUAAGCUAUUUAAACGUACUAUACUACAGUAAUGGUACUAUAUUAAGGGAACUUGGUAUUUUAGGCUGUCGAUGUUGUCAUUCUAUAGCAUAUCAUGCAUACUGUCAGUUGUCUUGUGCUCUUGACCCAAGUAUAUGGUGCUGUUGUACAAAAGCAUGUUUGUGUGACAAUGUAUUGCCAAAGUUUGUCCAGUUUUAAAGCUGUUCACUUUUUUUUUUUUUUUUUUUUUUUUUUUUUUUUUUUUUUUUUGGAUAUGUGGGCAUGAAACCUCAAUACACUUCCAUUUUAAUUUGCACUGAAGCAGAAUACUGUUAAGCCAUUACGAAUGUUUUCCUUUUGCACAUUAAAACCUUUAGAGAACCUGUAA